AUGCAUCAUCUGAAAAAUAUAAAAAGAAUUACUACUACUACUACUACUACUACUACUACUACUACUACUACUACUACUACUACUACUACUACUACUACUACUACUACUACUACUACUACUACUACUACUACUACUACUACUACUACUACUACUACUACUACUACUACUACUACUACUACUACUACUACUACUACUACUACUACUACUACUACUACUACUACUACUACUACUACUACUACUACUACUACUACUACUACUACUACUACUACUACUACUACUACUACUACUACUACUACUACUACUACUACUACUACUACUACUACUACUACUACUACUACUACUACUACUACUACUACUACUACUACUACUACUACUACUACUACUACUACUACUACUACUACUACUACUACUACUACUACUACUACUACUACUACUACUACUACUACUACUACUACUACUACUACUACUACUACUACUACUACUACUACUACUACUACUACUACUACUACUACUACUACUACUACUACUACUACUACUACUACUACUACUACUACUACUACUACUACUACUACUACUACUACUACUACUACUACUACUACUACUACUACUACUACUACUACUACUACUACUCCUACUACUACUACUACUACUACUACUACUACUACUACUACUACUACUACUACUACUACUACUACUACUACUACUACUACUACUACUACUACUACUACUACUACUACUACUACUACUACUACUACUACUACUACUACUACUACUGUCUUACUCUAA